CGGGCUCUUCCUCUUCUGCCUUGCGGCCGCUGGAGAAAGACAUUGUUGAACAAAACGAACCAGUGGGGGCCAGCAGCACGACGAGGGACAACAACAUCAAGAACUACUGCGAGAAACAAGAACUACAAGCACGUGGUCGACUACCCAUUGAUGUGGAAAGGAAGGCUUUGUACCGCCGGCUGUACCAGCAGUGCGUCACGAUUCGGGACCAGCGAAAAACGAUCGAGCAGCAGGCGGGCAAAAUUCGGCACCAGGCCCGCGGGCUGCGCGCGCUGGACGGAAAGCUGACGGAGGUUCUCGGUGCCCAGGGCCGUCGCAAUGGGGACGAGAGAAACAGGAACUGCAUGGUUCCAGCAGUUGGUGGUGCGCCGAGAGUUGUAGUUCCCAGUGAGCGGGGAAAGGAAAAGUUGCUGCCGUGGUGCAGAAGUAGAAUAAAUGAGGAAACAGUAGAAGUUGGAGCUCCUGCUGUUCGGGAAUUAUAUGUCCGCGCAGAUGAGGAUAAACAACGCGAGAUUUCUUCUAUGGAUGCACAAACAAAAAUGGCGUCCAAAACUGUCUUUCUGCAGUUGAAGGCAAAGGUUUUGCAGCUGCAGGAGAAGCUGGCCACGGAGCGGGAUCUGCGGUUCAGCUUGGAGAAGCAGUUGCGGCACGUGGAGCAGAUGUGCUCGUUUUUGCAGGAAAAGCGGAUCGAGCAAGAAGAAGUGGCUACUACUGCUAGUAGUAUCCAAUCACAGCAUGAUGAUACGAAGAUGAGAAACAAAAAUGGCUCGUUGGAUACGAAGAAGAGAGAUCAUAGGUGGAACAAGAAAAAUAAAUACCUGAAUCCGAAUCCUGGCCUGCGAGGUCGUGGAGUCCUGGAAGUUGAUAAUUCCUGUGGGGAUCGUGAAGAUGAACCGGUGUUGAGGAUGUCGAAAACACUUUCGCAGCGGACAAGUUCUAUCACACAGAAAAAAGCUGGCAGGGUAUCUUUGUAGUACAAAAAUAAACACACAAAGAAAUAAUCUGUAUUGCAUAUCCGAAACAGCAUGCUAUGGGGCCACCCAUAGCAAAUGUUUCUGUGUGUUUAUUUUUGCAUUACAAAUGUGCCCUGCCAGCUUUUUUCUCUGGGAUAAGUUUUUGCACGUCUUCAGGGACAAGAACUCCGUCGCAGCUCGGUAGAAACAAGGAAGCCGGACGUCGAGUGCAGCGGGCUUCUAGAAAUAACUCCACAUCCACUAGAACUACCAAGUCCUCUGCUCGUGAUUUUAUUGCUGCUCGAUGCGUAGUCUCGCCUUCUCCUGUUGAGGGGAAAAGUAGGAGCAAAGCGCGUGCAGGUGCUGAAGAAGUAGCAGGAGGUGCGACUAUUGGCACGGAAGUAGAGGGGACCCCCUCGGGGCGAAGAACACGAGCGAGAGGGGGACCACGAGCUGAGACCACGUCGGAAGCCUUCACGACCCCCCGGCGGCGUCCUCGUCAUCCAGUUCGUGAGCCUGGUGCACGCUGUCGAGAAGAAAUGCGGGGGCGGCGCAAUGGCAGUAAAAAGGCCACUACGUCGGCAGGCGAAGGCGAUAAAAAUCCUGAACGAGGUGGUGGGUUCUCAAACCUCCGCCGGAAUAAUUCCUCUUCUUGUGGCGGCACUCCAAGGUCCACAGACUCGGGGAGGCGAGGGGGAAAAACGGACAAGACAACCACCCGGUUAGUUGAAGAUGCUGCCAGUCGUUCCAACGAACGCAGCGAUGUUGAGCCCGGGAAGAAGGUUCUUGCCGACUCCGACCCAAUCGUCGCGCAACGAACGCUAUCAAAUGUAAAAAUGUCUGGGUCUGGACGAAUACAAACUUGUGAUGCACAUUUCAGAACACAGAAAAAUCUCUUAUGCAUGGGUAGCAAAAGCUGCCCACUUUCUGUCACCAAAGUGGGGGAUUUGUCAUGCGGAUUCGGCAUUGCGGAAGCUUCUCGAAACCUGUAAUGCUAGAGCUUCCAUGCCAGACCUUCUGUGUCAUGCAAAAACAGCAUGACUCUUCCAGACCCAGACACUUUUACAUUUGAUAAACGCCGCAGACGCGAAGCCCGGUCGCGCGAAGGGCCGGUCUAUCAGGGCGGAGAGGUUAUGAGCCGGUGCGGCUUCGCGGCCGAUCAAAAGAGGGAGACUUGGCGCAAGAGGCAAUAAAGCCGGCGACAUCUUCAGAAAUGACAGAAAUAUUAAACGCGGGACAACAGGGGGGCCGGGAAAUUCAUUUUGCGAGCGGCGACGGAAAAAUUAUUAGCAAAAAAGUUGAAAAUAACUAUCCACAGCAAAAAGAACUUCAGCUUCCACCGCGUGGGCGGAAUUUGCUGAGUUGCUUCGACAGCAUCUCCGACCUUUUUGAGGGAGACAAUGGGCGGCCUUUUGAAGAUGACUCAAGCGCGAAAGACGAGCUUCUGUCGGGGAGCCAACUGAGUCGACACGUAGACGAACUACUGCGGGGGAUGCAUGGUAGACGAGCCGCAGCACCUGGGUGCGAGAAGACUGCAUGAAGAUCAUAAGCACUUACUCUUUGUAAGUAAAUGACCACUGGUUUAUGUGGUUUUUUGAGCUCUGUAUAUUGCACUGGCUGAUGUAUUAAAGCAGCAAUUCCUCACCUUGUAGUUAUGGGCCAGGAGGAGCCUACAAAGGGGAAGUUUUGAUUUCGUCAGAAGUUUCGG